UCAACUUCAAGGUUUACUAAUGAAGGUCUUCUUAAUUGCUUAGAAGAUGUCCUUCUAGUCCUUUAUAAAUACCCUUUCAAUCCAUCAAUAUAACUCAAAAACUUUGAGAGAAAAACAAGGAGAAAUAGAAAUAGAAAGAGAAAGUGAAAGAGAUGACUCAAACAACACCAAAUCACACACAAAGUGUAGCAGGAUGGGCAGCUUUGGAGCAGAAUGGAAAGAUAACUCCAUAUGUUUUCAAGAGAAGGGAAAAUGGACCAGAUGAUGUUACUAUAAAGGUACUGUUUUGUGGGAUGUGUCAUACUGAUCUACAUCAUCUUAGAAAUGACUGGGGCAUCACCUUCUAUCCUCUUGUUCCUGGGCAUGAGAUAACCGGCUUGAUCACAAAGGUCGGGAGUAAUGUGAGCGAGUUCAAGGUCGGUGACCGUGUUGGCGUGGGUUGCCUAGCCGCAUCCUGCCUCAACUGCGAGUUUUGCAAUGACUCACAAGAGAACUAUUGCGAGCAGGUCCAGUUCACCUACGGUGGCAUCUUCUGGGAUGGCAGCAUUACCUAUGGCGGAUACUCUGAGAUGUUAGUUGCUCACAAAAGGUAUGUUGUUCAUGUCCCUGAUGGCCUGCCAAUGGAUGGGGCAGCUCCGCUGCUAUGUGCUGGGAUCACAGUAUACAGCCCAAUGAAACAGCACAACAUGAUGCAGCCUGGGAAGAAGCUUGGGGUAGUCGGCCUCGGCGGCCUUGGGCAUGUGGCGAUCAAGUUUGCUAAAGCCGUUGGAUUGCAUGUCACUGUGAUCAGCACAUCACCUUCUAAGGAAAAAGAGGCCAAGGAUCGGCUUGGUGCCGAUGAAUUCCUCCUCAGCACCGAUGUUAAACAAAUGAGGGCUCAUUCAAGAACUUUGGACUUCAUCAUAGACACUGUAGCUGCAAAACAUUCACUAGGGCCGAUCUUAGAUUUGCUAAAAGUGAAAGGUAAUCUGGUGCUGGUUGGUGCCCCAGACAAGCCCGUCGACCUCCCCUCCUUCCCGCUGAUCUUUGGUAAAAGGAUGGUCUCAGGAAGCAUGACAGGAGGGAUGAAGGAGACGCAAGAGAUGAUGAAUUUCUGUGCAAAACACAACAUCACCUGUGACAUCGAACUCGUGAAACCAGAUAACAUCAAUGAGGCAAUGGAUAGACUUGCACGGAAUGAUGUUCGUUACCGCUUCGUGAUUGAUAUCACUGCUGCCAAAUCUUCCCUUUAAUUGGUGCAUUGUAGAACAUCAAUCAUUUCUGUUGUUCAGUGUUGUUUUCUUCUCUUGUUUAUGAACUUCUAGUUUCUCUUUAUCAAUGAUAUGACAAAUAUCAGAGGUA